AUGGGAUUACAGCUGGGACUCAGGAUCAUCGUCGUCUUGGUCAUUUUGGCCUUGACUCUUUCUGGAGAGAGAGUAGAUGCACAGAGAGCAGGGUGUAAAAAUGUCCACUAUGACUUGGCUUUUAUCCUGGAUACGUCGUCCAGUGUCGGAAAGGAGAACUUUGGGAAGAUUCGGCAGUGGGUGGCCAACCUGGUGGAGUCUUUCGACGUCUCCCCUGACAAGACGAGAGUUGCCGUGGUUCGCUACAGUGACAGACCCACCACUGAGUUCAACCUGGGGAGGUACACAACUCUGGAAGAUGUGAAGAGAGCCGCCCAUAACAUCCGCUACCUCGGUGGAAACACAAUGACUGGGGAUGCCAUCAACUACACCACCAACAACAUCUUCACGGAGCAGAACGGGGCGAGGCCCACGGCCAGAGGCUUCCAGAGAGUAGCCAUCCUUCUCACGGAUGGAAGAAGUCAGGAUUAUGUUCUGGAGCCCUCAAAUACGGCUGCCAAAGCGGGUAUCAGGAUGUUCGCUGUCGGCAUCGGGGAGGCGCUAAAGGUGGAACUGGAGGAGAUCGCGGCCGAGCCAAAGAAUGCCCACGUUUUCCACGUGACGGACUUUAACGCCAUUGACAAGAUCAGGGGCAGGCUGAGGAGGAGACUGUGCGAGAAUGUUCUGUGUCCAAACAUGAAGGUCCAGCCUGACCGCUUUAAGCCCAACAGCACCAGUUCUGGUCUUCAAGAGGUUCCAGCAGUCAUGUGGCUUGUCCAUGUGGGCAGCUGCAGGUCUCAGUCAGAUAGCUCCUUCAUCCCUGAUGCUCUAAACACCUUUAAGACUCAGUACGAGGCCCGCAACACCACAACAUCCAUCAAAGUUUCACCCCCACCAAACAGGGUCACAUGCCCGAACAAAAUAGUGACAGAGGCGCCGCCGGUGUUGAUUCCACCUCCAAGACCUACAGUUGGGGAGCAGAAGAGAGGUCCAGAAACCAACUGUUCCUGCCCCUCUGGACAGAAGGGAGAUGUUGGUGCACCUGGAGUUGCAGGUCCCAAGGGUGAAAAGGGCGACGCUGGUCUUCAGGGCGCUAUUGGACCGCCCGGCUUCAAAGGACAAAAAGGAGAAAGUGGCAGACAAAUCUCUGUCAUAGGUGACAGAGGUGAGAAGGGUGACACAGGCCCCGGAGGGCUGACAGGUCCUCCUGGACAAAAAGGAGAGAAGGUGUGGCUCUCGGAGCUGGUGGCGUGCCCGGGAUUGACGGAUUACCUGGACACAAGGGGGACAAAGGUGAAGCAGGAGUGGCUGGUAGACCAGGACCACCGGGUCCAGUUGGACAAAAGGUUCAGGGUGGAAUAUAAGAUCUGCCUCCUGACCUAUCAGUGUGUCUACGGCGGUGCACCAGCGUACCUCAAAGAACUGUCCCCCCAUGAGCCCAUGAGACACCUCCGCUCAAACAACAGUCACCUCCUCCAGGUCCCCAAAACCAAGCUCCACACAAUGGGGGACAGAGCCUUUCAGGCAGCAGCACCACGCCUGUGGAAUGCCCUGCCCAUCCACCUGAGGGCGCCACAGUCAGUUCAAAAAGAGGGUUUGAAAGGAGAGAAGGGAAAUGUUGGACCUCCUGGGCCUCCUGGGGCUGAUGGACCUCCAGGGCCUCCUGGGCCUCCGGGUCUGCAGGGUUUACCGGGGGAACCUGGAGAGUUUGGCCAGAGGGGAAAGAGAGGUGAGCCUGGAUUGGCUGGAGUGGACGGCCUUCCUGGAUCACCUGGUCCCCAGGGUCCACCUGGACCACCAGGAAAUGCAGGACAGACCGGACCUCCUGGUCUACCUGGUGAAAUUGGAUUUUCAGGUAAACCAGGAGAAAUGGGAAAACCGGGUCUUCCUGGUAAAGAUGGUCUGGAUGGACUACCUGGAAAUGAUGGCGCCAUGGGGCCCAGGGGAGAGCGUGGAGCAGAUGGUUUUGCUGGCAAACCUGGACUGAAGGGAGACGAUGGGCCUCCCGGACCAAGAGGACCUCCAGGAGAGAGAGGAGAAGCAGGUUCACCGGGUCAGCCUGGUGCUGAUGGAGUGAGAGGAGACCGGGGCGUUCCGGGAGAAAGAGGACAGGAUGGACCACAGGGGCCAAAAGGUGACAAAGGCGACAAGGGUGAAGCAGGAGUCAGAGGACCACCUGGAAUUCCAGGAAAUGUUGCUAAUGUCAUACCUGAGCCUGGUGAACCUGGGAUGCCUGGAGAGAAGGGUGAGAAGGGUGAUCAAGGAAAACCAGGAGAAAUGGGCCAGAGGGGAUUACCUGGUGAACAAGGCUUUAAGGGACCACCUGGACAACCAGGUCCAAAAGGUGACACCGGAUCUCCAGGAGAGACGGGGCGUGUUGGAGACCCUGGUCCACCUGGUGUAGCUGGUCCUCAGGGUCCUCGUGGUUUACCAGGGAAUGUGGGUAUACCAGGGAUCAUUGGGCCGCCGGGUCCAGCUGGACAGAAAGGAGACAAGGGUGAAUCGGGUAAUCUGGGCCAAACUGGGCCCUCCGGCCCACCAGGACCGCCCGGUUUGAUCGGACCUCCUGGAUCACCAGGGAAGGGGAAGGAAGGAGAAAAAGGACCACCUGGACCUCAGGGAAUUCAAGGACCCGCAGGGCCAAAGGAGCAGGAGGAUGACGUGGAGUCCUGUUGUUCUUUCUCAGGACAACCAGGAUCCAGGGAGACCCUGGGGUACCAGGUGAAAGGGGUCACCAAGGAGACAGCACCGUGGGACCAGUGGACAUGUGCUCAGACUGCCCUGCAGGUCCACCCGGACAGCCUGGACUCCCAGGAAUCCCGGGUGAAAAAGGACAGCCCGGACCUCCUGGGAAAGAUGGACAAGAUGGCUACCAAGGCCCACCGGGACCAGUCGGACCUCAAGGGUCUCCUGGAGCUGACGGCGGAAAGAGUGCCCAUAGCUGAUGAUCCCUCCGCUGAGUCUCGUCUGCUUGGUAUUUCUUCCUGUCAAAUCCAAAAAAUGCUGAGGGAGAUUUUUUUCCUGACAACUCUCACCAGUGUCCUUGCUCGUGGGGGUUUAAAAGGUGAUCGGGGACCUUCUGGGAUCCCUGGAGAAAAAGGAGAUAAGGGUGAACCAGGACCUUCUGGCCAUCCAGGUCCUGCGGGCUUAAUGGGCACACCUGGUAACGAUGGACAGCCAGGCCCUGUAGGACUCCCAGGGCCCCCUGGAGAAAAGGGAAAAGAGGGUCUCAAAGGAAUCCAGGGGCCACCGGGUCUUCCUGGCUUAAUAGGUCCGCCUGGAAAAAUGGGAAAAGACGGCAGGACAGGUGAAACAGGAGAUCCCGGCAAGCCAGGAGAACCAGGACCACCAGGAAACCCUGGGCUCCGGGGAGUACCAGGUUUUAAGGGCCACCAAGGAGAACCUGGACCUCCUGGACCUCAGGGAGAUAAUGGAAAGCCUGGAUCACCUGGUCGUGAGGGCAAACCUGGGAAGGAGGGUGUGAAGGGACUUCCUGGUCCAGAAGGUCUUGUUGGACCAAGAGGGGAGCCGGGGAAACCAGGUGUUCCCGGGCAAUCAGGAAAAUCAGGUGUUCCUGGAACUCCUGGACUUAGAGGUACCAAGGGGGAGGCAGGGAACCCGGGAUUACCAGGUUUUAGUGGACCUAAAGGCCCUGCAGGUCCAGCUGGUCCAGUCGGUCCAGAGGGAAAACAGGGGAUGCCGGGCAGAAUUGGAGAUCGAGGAGUCAAAGGAGAGAAGGGUGACUCUGGACUGAAGGGAGAUAAAGGACAGGGUGGAGAGCCAGGUAUGCCGGGAAACCCUGGGCCCCCUGGAAGGAAGGGCCACACAGGGAUGAUGGGAAUGUCGGGACCACCUGGAGAAAUAGGUCCUCCUGGUGCACAAGGACCUUCUGGAGUCCCAGGUCUCCCAGGACCAAGGGGGGAAUCUGUGUCAGUGGAGCAAAUGAGACGACUCAUCCAAGAGGAGCUGGCAAAACAGCUAGAUGCUAAAUUGGCUUACCUCAUGGCUCAGAUCCAGCCAGCUCAUGUUAAGAGUACAGCAGGCCGUCCGGGGCCUCCCGGGCCACCUGGUAAGGAUGGCAGUCCCGGACGAACCGGCCCACCUGGUGAGCCUGGUAUGCCUGGACAAAAUGGAGGCGAAGGACCCAGGGGACCCAUGGGUCCCAAAGGCGAGAAAGGAACAAAAGGAGAUCAGGGAGAGCCUGGAAUUGGUGAAAGAGGAGAACAAGGCCCAGCUGGUCCAAUCGGUCCAGCUGGUUUGCCAGGUUAUGGUAAAGACGGAAGCCCUGGACAAGCCGGAACCCAGGGUGAGCCUGGAAACCCUGGCCCACAUGGUCAACCUGGAUCCCCGGGACCUCCUGGCAGCUGUGACCCCACCCAGUGCGCCUACUACGCCAGCCUGGCACACAGACCCCACACCAAAAAUGUCAAGGGGACUUAAAAAGGAAGAAUGAGCUUGAAGUCCAGCUGUAUUUAUGAACUCCAUCGUGUCAUUAUGAAUCAAGAACUUUUCGUUUUUCAAGAUAACCUCAGUGUGGAGAGCUGAAGCAACACAUGCUGCCGGUCAGAUUUUUUUUAAUUUUUUCUUGUGCAUGUGUUGUCUGCCUGUGGUAUGAUGGAUGGGAUAUAAGAGGGGCUGAUAUGGGGUAAGAGGGCAGCUGAACAGGUUUCCUCACGCACGUGUUUGAUACUGUCAGUACAUCAGUAAUGAUCUCAAAUAGUUCAGCCAGGUUGUUCUUGCACAAAUAGUUUUUUUCUUCUUCUUCUUCUUCUUCUGGCUGACACCACUUUCCCUUCACAGCACACAACUUGAACAACAGAUUUCAUAAAAACCAAUGUGUCACUGAGGGCGUCUUUCCAGUUGAUUUAUAAUCAGUCAAGAGAAUCUGUUUUCUUGUCACAGACGGCAUUGAGGGUAUUGAUUGACCAGUACUUAUUUUUAUGAAGACAUGUUUUUAAAGAGUUAAGAAUUAUGCACACUGUCAUGAUUGUGCAUUUCCUCCCUGCCACUUGGGGGCAGUGUUUUUAUGUAGUGUCGUCUCACAACUGCACAUGAAUGUACAUUUUUCAGACUAAUAAAUGAAAUGAUGUAUGAAAAAACAACAACAACAACAACAACAACACUCUAAACAUAAAUAGGAUGUACAUCCAACAACGCCACUGUCGCUUUCUCCAUAUCUAGCAUUAGCCAUGACGCUAGCUUGACCACAAAUCACUGCACAUAUUCGGAACUUGACUAUUUACUGCAAACCUGGAUUUGAAAUCUGACCUUUCCUUGGACAGGCUUGUAGUUUUUACUUUAGUUUCCACUGAAAACUAAUACUGUGUCGCAGUACUCUGGAAAUUCAGACAUGUGGUUAGCGUUAGCUUAGUAAGUGCAGUUGCCUCAACAGUUGCACUGCUUUGCAGAUUUUGUUGCGCUUGUACCUCAUACAGAAUAAGAGGCAUCUAAGAUCAUUUUGACUAAGAUGAGGUGACCACAGCUUCAGACUUGAAAAAUCUUUUUCAAGUCCACUAAUAUUCGUUCUGAAAUUCUUUUUAUCCAUCAUCAAAAAUUAA